AGUUUUCACAUUAUGAAUGGUAAUUUGGAAUAUAAUUUUCAUCAGAUACUAAGAAGAGAUUCAAGUUUUGAUGGUAAAGUAAAUUGUCUGGUUACUUCAAAAGAUACUAACUUCAUAGCUCUUGGUCUUAACACUGGUGACAUUGAGGUUUAUAAAGUAACCAAUAACAAAACAUAUGAACUUCUGUCUAAACUUGAAACGCAUAAAAAUUGUAUUUAUGAUAUGAAGUUCUCGCCGUAUGGAGAUAUGCUCGUCAGUUGCUCCGAACAACUCUGCUUUUGGAGCAUUAAACAUAUUAUUAACAAUCCGUUAAUGAAAACGCAAAAAAGGCGUAGCUCUCGUUUCACAUCCCAACGCAGUUCCGAUGUUGAGGAAGUUGAUGCCAUGAGAAUGGAUCUUUUCAAACGCGAAUUAACAGAAAGCCCUUGGGCAAAUAAACAAGGUAGCUCGGAUAAACCAGAAUUAUUGGCUUGCAUCAGAUUUAGUGGUAAAAAGGCUAAUAAAUUAUUUACAAAUGCAGAUUUUACAGAAUUUCAAACUAUCGACGAUGAAGGUGUUUAUUAUCAUUUAAAGUUAUUAGACAUUUGUGAAACUGUUCAAACAUCGAUUAGAAAUGAUUAUAAUUACAAUUUUGAAAGGUUAAACUCUGGUGUUUUUUCGUGACAUAUAAGUCGUAAAAAUA